GCAUUGGGCUGUCAUACACACACGAAACGGAGAAUUUAAUCAUCUGAUAACGUUAAAAAAAAACUCGUUCCCGUGAAUUAUUCACCGAAACCUUUGAAGUAGUAUUUUUUGUUGGAACUCCAGAAUACUCUUUCUAGAGUCUAAUUAUUGAUACAUUAGUUCGGUUGAUAGGAAAAUUUUUAAACGAAAAAAACAACUUUUCGUACCCCGUGAGAUUUCUUAUAAUUUUAAGUACCUAAGAUUAAAUGCGCAAUCGUUUUUUUUCUACGCGUAAACAAAGUAAUUGAAAACUCGCAAGAAAGAUAAAAUUCUUUGUCUACCGCUAAAGACCAUCUUUGGAUGACUGAUUAAUAACAUAAAACAAAAAAAACAAGUGACAUGUCGUUCGAAGGAAAAUACAACACCAAAAGUCCAGCUGUGAAACGGUUAAUGAGAGAAGCUCAAGAGCUUGCUGAGCCUACCGAAGAAUACAGAGCAUGUCCGCUGGAUGACAAUCUCUUUGAAUGGCAUUUCACCAUUCAAGGGCCACCAUCGUCCGAAUUUGCAGAAGGAGUUUACCAUGGGAGGAUCCUUUUGCCGCCUGAAUAUCCUAUGAAACCACCUAACAUAAUUCUCCUUACUCCCAAUGGACGAUUUGAGAUAAAUAAAAAAAUAUGUCUCAGCAUUUCGGGUCACCAUCCAGAGACGUGGCAGCCCUCAUGGAGCAUUAGAACGGCUUUAUUGGCGCUUAUAGCUUUUAUGCCAACCCCAGGAAACGAUACUAUUGGAUCUCUCGAUUAUAGUCCUGAAGAAAGACAAAAAUUAGCAAAAAAGUCAUUAAACUGGCAGUGCGAAAGUUGUGGGAAAAUAGCAGAUUUGCUGUCAAAAGAUGGACCCAAACAGCCUAUUACUCAGGAAGAACAACACAUGCUGAACACCAUAGCUCUGAAGGCAGAAGAUGCUUUACCGACAGACUCAUCGUACUCCACAGACACAACAAGAAAUUUGGAUUCAGAUUUAAGGCAGCGAAAUGUGAAUUCUCAAGUACUGGACAAUGCAGAUCAAGCUCAGGCGGACGUAAUCGUGAAUCAACAGCUGGCGACGGUUUCAUCGACCAACGACUUAUUCUGGAGUAUGCUCAUAACUUUUUUGGUUUUUGCAAUAAUUCUAUUGGUUUUGCGGCGAUUGUUUUUCGUUUAGUUCAACAAAUCGAUUGUUCACUACGAACAAAAGAAAGCGCGAAAACCAGUAACGAUAACACAAAAAAUCCUAUGCAGGAUUUGCGAAAUUUGUAUUACGUUGGGAACGAAUAUAUAAUAUUCGAAAGCCAUAUGGGAAAAGAAAUAUCCAAGGCAAACCCACCGAAUGAAAAAAAAGCAAAAAAAUUUCACUUUUAUUAUACAUAAUUAUAAAUAUAUUAAAUUAAAUACAAUAAAAUGUGUUAUAUAUAUAUAAAUAUAUAUAAAUUAAUUAAUAAAUAUAACAAAAAACAAAUAAUUGCUAUUGGAAAUAUGCAAAUUUCAUUCUUUGCCUCCCAAGUACGAUCAAGUAGCAAAAUAAUUACUAAGCUCUUUAUCGAUGAAUUCGUUAUUCGAUUUCAAUUAAAAUCGAAUAAAUUUUUUUACCGAUUUUCAUUAAUAAUAAAACACUCUAAUGCGAAAUAUGAACUAUUUGAUAAUGCGAUCACUUUGUAAUCAACAAUUACACGAAUUAUCAGCUUUGUUAAACGAAACUUUGUCUCUUAUUUCGUCGAAUAGUAUUUCAUUCUUCGAUAUAAUAAAAUAAUAUCGAAUAUGUUGAUGGCUAUUAACAAUA